AUGUCAUUUUUCCAAACAACCCCAAUUGGUCGUAUUCUCAAUAGAUUCUCAGAGAACUUGUUUACUUUGGAUGAUAAAAUCAAUUUGUCUUUGGCUCAGUUUAUUGCUUCAGUGACAAUGCUUGUCGUACUAAUUAUCAUUCCAGUUAUGGUCAACUCCUUGAUGCUGCCAGUGAUGGCUCUUGGUCAAUUCUGGUUCUUCUAUGUGUUCAAGAUCUAUAUGAAAUAUGCCAAACAAUUACUUCGACUCGAUGUUGUAAAUAGAAGUCCAUUGUACAACAGUUUCCAAGAGACUUUGCUUGGACUUGACACCAUCAAAGUGAUGAAAAACGAGAGGAGAUUCACUUCGAUACUGUCCAACAAAUUGAACAAACAACAGAAGAUUUACUACGCCAAUAAUGUCUGCCAAAGAUGGUUGGGUGUUCGUGUUGAGUUAGUUGGGUGUUUAUCACUGGGUGCUAUUGUGACAGUCGGCGCAAUUCAAAUUGCAAGUAUUUCCCCGUCUUUAAUUGCCUUAAUGGUGAUGUAUAUGUUCCAAUACAACAAAAAUUUAACACAAUUUGUACAAUCGUGCAUUGAAGUCCAGAUGGUGUCGACUGCUGUAGCUGCUGUUUGUGAUUACCUUGAUUUGCCAUCAGAGAGAGGGAUAACGGAAGAUGACCCGACAGUGACAGGUCGUGUUGGUCCUAAUUGGCCUGAGCAGAGGGUAUCUGGACAUUGGUUCUAA